GCAGGCUAAGGGCUCCGGCAAUGGCUUCUCGUGCUCUUCUCUUCGCCAACAUGGACAGUCGCUCGUUGGCGGUGUGUCACCGAUGGCAGGAGGCCCAGCUGUGACUGAAAAUGCCCAAGAUGUCGUGGCUGUUUCCAGAUGUGCGGAGGAGAAGAAAGGUUGGGUUCAUUUCGUUGGCAUUGGGGGCUAUGGGUUGUCCGCGCUUGCCAUGCUUGCUCUUAAACAGGGCUUUGAUGUCAGCGGGUCAGAUAUUAGGUGGAGCGACAACAUGGAUAAUUUGCAAGAAGCUGGGGUAAAAGUAUACUUGGGGCAUUCAAUAGUUUGUAUGGAAACCACUGGAAAGCGUCCUGAUGCAAUUAUAAUCUCAAGUUGUAUUCCUAAAGAUAACGAGGAGAUUGUACAUGCUGUGUCACUGGGAAUUCCAAUAUAUAAGAGAGACUCUUGGCUUCAAAACAUCACUGAACAAUACAAUCUGAUUGCUAUUGCGGGGACUCACGGAAAGAGUACUACAACAGCGAUGCUAUCAUAUGUUCUACAUGCUAUGGGGGAUGAUCUUAUUGCAGUUGUUGGAGCUCAUGUUCCACAGCUUUCAGAAGGAAAUAUAAUUCCUGGGAAUGGUCCUAACUUUGUCUUGGAGGCUGAUGAAUAUGAUUGUUGUUUUCUUGGUUUGUCACCAUCUAUUGCCGUUGUAACAAAUAUGGAGUGGGAACAUGUUGAUUUAUUUGAUGACGAGGAGCAUGUACAGCGCGUAUUUAGGAUGUUUGUGCAACAAAUCAAGAGUGGCGGGCAUCUUAUCAUGUGCGGGGAUGGCGCAGGUGCACAUUCCUUGUUGAGAGACUGCAAGCCAAAAACUCUUUCGAACAAAUACAUAUGUUCAGGUUCACUUGUUUCAGAUGCUGGCUUUGCUGUAACAACCUAUGGAAUGUCUAGUAAAAUGGAUUGGCAUGCUUCUUCUGUCACAAUAAAUUCACAAGGUGGUCAGGAUUACAUAUUGGGCAUGCUUAAUAAUGUUAUAAAGGGGUUCCAUGUUGAUGGGUUGUCAAGGUUUUGCAGCUUCAGCUUAUUCCUGCAAUGAUAUAAUUUCUGCUAUUGCAAGAAGAAAGCAAGCAGCAGAUGUGUGGUCAUUCUUUAAGGAGAUCCUUGCUAAUGGGAUAUGCUUUAAUGUGCGCACUUUCAAUACCGUGCUUAGUAUUUUAUGCUCUGAAGGAAAGUUUACAAAACCUUGUCAUUUGUUGAAGAGGAUGGAACAUGUUGGCUAUAUACCAACUACUGUUUCUUAUAACACACUUCUCAAUUGAUAUUUUAAGAAGGGUUGGUACUAAGCUGCUAUUAAGCUAACAAAUUUCAUGGGGACAAAAGACGUUGAGGCAGAUGUUUACACUUGUAAUGUACUCAUCGAUACUUUAUGCAAAAGAAGCAAGAGUGCCAGAGCUUAUUUGCUAUUAAAAUGGAGGAAGGAGAUGGAAAUAUAUCCUACUGAAUGUACCUAUACUACUCUUAUCAAUGGGUUCUGCAAAGAAGAGAAGCUACAUGUUGCUACCAACGUUAUGAAUGACAUGAUCCAUGCAAAGUUUUUUCGCCAAACUAUAUUACUAACAAUACAUUAACUAAUUGAUAUGUUAGAAAUAGCAUGAUUGAUGAAGUUUUAAAGUUUUUUUUUUUUUGUUUGUGAAAUGGAAGCUAAGGGAAUGAAAACCAAUGAAAUCACUUAUGGUACUUUACUUAAUGGAUACUGCGAGGUUUCAAAACUGGAUGCUUCAAUGAAUCUUCUCAAUAAGAUUAGAUCCAAAGGCCUCAUUCCCAACAACUUUGUCAGAUGGAUUUUGUAGACAAGGGCAGCUCUUUAAAGCUCAACAUAUUCUUUUUUAAUUUGGCUAAAGAUAUGGUCAAUCCUGAUGGUGUGACUUACUCGGCUUUUGUUAAUUGUUUAUGUAAAGUUGAGGGUGGAGAAGGCAUUGUUUCCAAACCAUGUUACAUACACUUGUUAAUUCAGGGUCUGGUUAAGGAAGGCCAAUUGAAGGCUUUUUCUUUCAUUUUUGGAGAACUCAUAUGAAAAAGCGGUACCCUGUACUCUGAUGCUAUCAUCUUUAUUGUUGUGCUGGAGGGGUAUUCAAGAAAAAAAAUUAAAAAAGGUGGAGGUGGUAUUCUCACAUAUGGAAAAUAAAGGUUUUACUCCAACUUUAGCAUC